GUAAUAUGAAGUGAUCUUUCUUGGUGGUGGUAUGAAGUGAUAUUUCUCGUUGUUGAUUUAUACAUUUGUCGUCUUUUAUCUUUUGCCUAGGUGGGUUUUUGUCAUGAAGAAGGGCUAUCAAGCAGUAGAGGAGUCCAUACAGAGCUCUGUAAUCACCAAAGUGAAGGGUGUUGUACCAAUCAAUUCCAGCGACACAGGACUCAGUGUGUGGGGACCGGAGGACUAUGUAAUUCCACCUCAUGGUGAAGCUAAUUUCUUCAUCACAACCACUGUCACAAAAAUACCCAAUCAGACAUUAGACAAAUGUGCAGAAAGCGAUACGGUUCCGGAUGGCCGCUGUAGUGACCAUGGUGACUGCCCAUCUGAAGAGCCAGUUAGAGCUGGUCAUGGUAUGACUAAGGAAGUACCAUAUUAUGAGAGUGUAAUUAGGCUAUUCAGUCGUGAAAAACAAGCCAAGUCACCAUGGGGAAUAAAGACUGGUCGGUGCUUGAAAAAGGACAGAAAUGACAAAGGGACAUGUGAAAUACGUGGCUGGUGUCCAGGCGAAGAGAGUCAGAAAUCCCAUGUGCUAGAGAAAGCUGAAAACUUUACCAUCUAUAUCAAGAACUUCAUCAGAUUUCCAAGAUUCAGCUUUUCAAAAUCAAACGUCCGUGAGACACAAGACAAGAAUUAUUUACCGACGUGCAACUACGAUGAGUCGGUCCAUCCUUACUGUCCCAUCUUCCGUCUGGGGGAUAUUAUUAACAAAACUGGACACAAGUUUCAGGACAUUUCUCAAGCAGGUGCGGCGAUUGGAAUCCUGAUCAACUGGAACUGCAAUCUGGACAUUGGCUCAUCCCAGUACCAUCCCAAAUACAGCUUCAUCCGUCUGGACUUGAACACCACCCUCAAAUCUAUCACUACCUUCAAUUUUAGAUAUGCCCGCUAUUACAAGAAUGCUACUGGACAUAACUACAGGACUUUAUUUAAGGUGUAUGGAAUUCGUUUCCACGUCAUGGUUCAUGGAAAGGCAGGGAAGUUCAGUAUCAUCCCCACCUUAGUUAAAAUUGGAUCAGGAAUUGGUCUACUGGGUGUUGCAACAUAA